GCUAGAAAGUUUUAAAGUUUAAACAGUUUCGUCUGCCGCAAACGCUAAACGCGCUUUUUAAACGAAAGAGAGGCAGUAGAUAGAAGACGCGAGUUAAGUGCUGACGGAAUACAGCUUCACAUGACGACAUUUGCUAUUUGCGGGCGAGUGCAAGGCGUGUGCUUCGGCGUUCGAAAAAAGUGCUGAGAGGAAGAGACUGAAAAAGUUCUGAAAGCGAGUGGGUCGUGCCUACCGCUCCCACCCUGCCACCCCCACAAAACAACGGUGUUCUCACUUAAUAAACAAAUCGACGGAGCAACAAGAGAUUUCCACACGUGAUCUGGGAGCAGGAAAGCCGUCUCACCUUAUAAGCCGAGGUGCAUAGCCCACGCUACACAACUCUACGUGCACAGCCAACCUGUCGGGGAGCAGCUGCCUCACGAUUGAUCGCCCGCAAUACCAGAAGACUGAGUCCCCGUCCAGCGCCAGCCAGCGAGCCAGGAGCAAGGGGAAGAUGGCCAGCACCGGCGAGAUCUGGCUGCAGUGGUUUUCGUGCUGCUUCCAGCAGCAGCGCUCGCCCUCCCGCCGCCCACACCAACGCCUGCGCAUCGACCGGUCCAUGAUCGGCAAUCCCACCAACUUCGUCCACACGGGCCACAUCGGAUCCGCGGACGUGGAGCUGUCGGCCAACCGCCUCAACGCGAUCUCCACCCAGAUGCAGAGCAAAGGCGGCUACGAGACCAACUCGAUACACUCGCUACAUGCCUGCUGAUGGAAGCCCCCAUCACCUGGCAACAUCCCCGCUAUCAAGUGCAUUUCGUGCAAUUUUCCACAGAGGAGGAUGACGGCAAAGGAGAGGAGCAGCAGACAUACCUUUUACGAUUCGUGCUAUCGGGCGAGGAGGAGGACCAAAAUGGGUGGGAGGCCUGAGCGGCGCACAAAGCUGGAAGUCACGAGGAGGUGCUUAGAUUAGGUUCCACAUAAGAAAAAACCAGACUGCGCGACAACGGAAUGCAUUCCGGCUUUUAACCGCGGACCUACUUGAUUUUGGGUGAUUUGCCUUUUGUGAGUAUUAGCUAAAUGAAAAAUCGCAAAAGAGUGCCAAGCGACAAAAUCAACCGACAAUUAAGCCAGUUUCAGGCAUAUAUAUGUAUGUAAACACAGAGUCAGUUUGAGGAUUAGGUAGCAUUAUUAGAUCUAAUUAAUGAGGAAAGAAGGAAAUCGAAAAUCGAACUACCCGUUCAGUUCCUAUCCAUGAUAAGUACCAUUUCCAAAACCCCAUUUUCGAGAUCGUUUUUAGAGCUUUUACGAAAACUGCCUUAUAAUCACAACCAGUCUGACCUGACCUGAUCCAUGGUAUUUGGCUGAAACAGUGGAACUAGCGAAUCAUAAUUUACAAAAGCUAAUAUAGCACUUACACAGCGUUUAUACACAGCACAGUGACGCACAAUCAUUUUCAACACACAAAGUAAUCGGUUUUAGAUCGUUUUUGAUAUAAAUCUCAUAUGCGAGUACUGAGGAGAUUCUACGCACGUCAGGAUUCGAGGAUUAUGUUGUUUCUGGGCCAGCGACAAUGCACCUAAGAUGGACUAUGGAGUACCUUUGUAGAACCCUGAUUUAAGAAACAAAAAUAUAUAGUUGUGAAAUCGAAUGCCGUUGUAGAUAACCGAGGUGAGGAGUUUAGAAUGCGUUGGGUUUUAAGCAUAUAGACUAAUUUAUUUAAGCAAUAAUUUAUGGAAAUAUAUAUAUAUUUAAAAUCAACAACCCGC